AUGAUUAAUCAAUAAACUAUUUAAGAUAUGGUACCAUUUAUAUGGCCUGAGGAUUAUGAUGAUCGACUUCAAUUUGCUUUAGAUCUGAAAAAUGAUUUUGAAAAUUUUAUUAUUUCCUAUCCUUACCUUAAGGAUUACGUAUUAUAGACUAUGUAGAAAAUUUCUGAAGAAGCUCCAUAUUUAGAUUUAUUUGAGAUCUUCCAAAUUCAUAAAGAGAAAACUCAUAAAUUAUAUGAAGUUCUCUAUCCUCUUCAUUCCAACAAUACAUUAAUUGAUUUCAAAUAACCAGUUUCAAACAAAACUCUAUAAAAACUCAUAUCUGACUCCUAUAGAUUGUUUAAUCGUAGUUUCUUAGACUACUAAUGCAAACUUGUUACUUAUGCAAAGUACUAUAAAGCAUCUGUCUCUAUAUUCAAGAAAUCCAUCAAUCAAAUGUAUAUAGAUUUAAAUACUUUAAAUUUUGUUUGUUAUUGUGCCACAAGGUAGUGUCUUACUUUAAACAGGCUAUGGUAGGAUUAUGAUGAUACUUCUGAGAAAUAUAAGAAAUUACAGCAAUCUCUUUAAAAAUUGGAAUAAAUGUAAAAACCGGAUGAUCUUACUCAUUAUUUCAAUCGAUAAUAACUCAUUCUUAUAUAUAUACUUUUUAGUCUAAUGUAAUGUGAAUAAACAAUUGCUAUCCAAUUAGGCGAAAAGUAUAUAUCUUUUGAAUAAUCGCCAAUCGAACCUCACUAUGAAGAAUCAGCAGAAGAUUUUACUUGGAAUAUAAAUGGAUUUUCUUAAAUUAGAGAUUAUUUUCCUAAACUGGCACAUAAACUCAAUAAAAGAAUGAAAAUCCUUAAAGAUCUUCCUUUAUUUGCCAUACAAGAUCGUAUUAAAAUCUAUUAAUAUACUUAACACUAGUUAGGCUAUAGAAAAGAUGAUGAUAUUCAUGUAAACUAACCACAAAAUAUAAUUGACAUCCUAAAUUAUAGAUAAGCAAACUGUGAAGCAGAAUUAGUGCUUCUAGUUGCUAAUGCAAAAUGUUAUACAUAAAUACUCUAUUCAUUGAUUUGA